GCGCGUGCCACGUGAUGUGUUCCAGUAGGCGCACGCGCGAACGAACAUGGCGACGCGCUAUACGUGUCGCGUUACCGGACAGUGAAACACACCGAUAGAGAGAAAAAUACACGGUUUUGUCAGUAGUGUUGCGUCUCGAUGCAGGUGCUCCGGGUGAAAUGAAUAAGCCUCUGUCAGGACCCCCCUCUGGCCCUCCUUACCCCUCCGCACACUCCCCGGGCCUGUCCCAGCCCAGUUUUCCUCCCGGCCCUCCUUCCGUUGUGUUCGGCACUCCUCCGCCACAGAUGAACCCCACCGCACCACCCCGACAGUUUGCCUCAGGUCCUAGAGCUUUACCACAGCAGCCGUACUACAGUCGGCCCACUUUACCCCCCAAUUCUGGGCGUGUUCAGCCAAGCUCCGCCCCUCGCUCCAUCCCCCCUCCACACGGUGCACACCCCCCUCAUGUGUUCCAGCCCAGCCCCUCCCAGAUGAUGAUGAUACCCCAGCAACAAAUCAGCUUCGCAAACACGCAAGGUGCCGCCUACUAUAUACCUGGCCAGUACCGCCCCUCAUACGUGACCUCACCGCAGUAUCAGGUGGCCGGAUCUCCUGGUUUCUAUACUGGCACAAGCUCGGGUGAUUACGCUGGGGCGUAUUACCCUGCCCAGCCCCAGUUCACGGCACCUGUUGCUCAUGCGCCUGUUGUCUUGAGCCCCGCCCCCCAGCAGCAACCGGCCCCGCCUCCUCCACAGCAGCAAGCCCCGACCAAACGGGAGCGUAAGCAGAUAAGAAUCAGAGACCCUAAUCAGGGCGGUCGUGACAUCACAGAAGAGAUCAUGUCAGGAGGUCGCAGUGGCUUGACACCCACACCUCCACAGUCAAUGCUGCCUGGCUCGGACAUCGAUGUCAUCACGCAACCCAACGGGGACAACCUCAUACCUGCGGUCGUCAUGACAACCAGAGCGGAGUUUCCCAUCCCUCCCGGUGAAAGCCCUCUUCCUGAUGCCCCACCCACUCCACCUCCCACCAGUCCAAUAAGUGACUUGGUAGAUGCUCCGCCCCCUGCCGCUGCCGAUGUGACUCCCGGUGCUGUGGACACACACAUGGAAGUGAAAUGGCAAGGGGGUAUUACGGAGGUACCCGCCCCCUCUAGUUCUAACGGUGCAGAAGCCACACCCUUUAAAGAUAAAGAGGAGGGGCAUGUGAUGGUCACCCUGCCUGUGUGCAUCUCCCGGGCAGAGCCAGCGCUUCAAUCUCCCAUAGCGCAGCCCGAAGAGCUACAGCUGUUUAACGGCAUACCAGCAGGGGGCGCCCACACUCAAGACAACUACCAAGACAUCAGCCCUAUCGCUGAGCCUGACGUCACAAGAGAAGCCCCACCGGUUACCGUGGAAAUGCCUGACAGGACUCUCAAGGCAACACCUGUUGUUAUAAAUAUUCCCGCUCAGGUUGUCAAAGAGACUCCCGCUCAGGUUGUCAAAGAGACUCCCAUUCAGGUUGUCAAAGAGACUCCCGUUCAGGUUGUCAAAGAGACUCCCGUUCAGAUUGCUGAGGAAGUGCCCGUUCCUCCAUUUUUCAAGGAGACUCCCGCUCCUGUUGUCAAGAAGAUUUCUCCUGUGGUUGCCAAGGAAACGCCUACACCGGUUGAAGAGGAAGCCGCUCCGCGGGUUACCCAGGAGGCUGUUGUCAAGGAAACACCCAUCGUCAAGGAAAAGCCUGUUGUUAAGGAGACACCUGUUCCGAGUACUAAGCAAAUUCCGGAAACUGUUGUUAGCGACCCGCCUCCGUCUGUUGUCAAAGAAACACCUUCACAUGCUGCCAAGGAAACACCCGAACCAGUCGUCAAGGAAACCACCGCCCCCUCAGAGGUCGUUGCGGAAGUUUCUAAAGCCACGCCCCCUUCGAUAGAGGAGCGGGAGGACACGCCCACUCCACACACCACUCCCCCUGAGAGUACCAUGCAAGCGGUUUCUGUGCCAAAGAAGAAGAGAAAAAUGAAAGAUCUUAACAAGAAGGAGGCGGGCGAUGUACUUGAUGCCUUUAAAGAGCCCACGCCCCCUGAGCCAGAGGCCACACCCCCGGUGAAGGUGGCCCCGCCAGAGAGCACCGCCCCGGUGGCCCCUCCCCCUGCCGAAGCAUCAGAUGAGACGUGGGAGGAGAAAGAAGAUAAACUCGAUGCUGAGAACAUCAAGCCGCAGAGCCCCACCCCAGACACGCCCACUGAGCUGAAAUACCAGUACAAAACAGAACAAUGGAAACCUCUGAACCCGGAGGAGAAGAAGAAAUACGAUCGGGAGUUUCUGCUCGGCUGCCAGUUCAUCAAUGCCAGCAUGAACAAACCGGAGGGGCUUCCACAAAUCUCAGAUGUGGUUCUGGACAAGGCCAAUAAAACACCUCUGAGGCAGCUGGAUCCGAGUCGUUUGCCCGGAAUGAACUGCGGCCCAGAUUUCACACCUUCAUUCGCCAACCUCGGCCGCCCGUCCGCUGGGGGGCGUGGCCCGCCGUCCAGUCUGAGCGGCCCUCGCCGUUCUGGUCAGGGCCAGCGCGGGAAAGAGCCGCGCAAGAUCAUCGCGAGCGUUUCGCUGAACGAGGACGUGCAGUUGAAUAAAGCGGAGAAGGCUUGGAAGCCGUCUGUGAAGGGCGGGGUUCGCGUUGAGGAGGACGCCGCCGAUGGUCUAAAGACGCAAGAGCUGUUCAAACGCGUUCGCAGCGUGUUAAAUAAACUGACGCCGCAGAUGUUCCAGUCGCUCAUGAAGCAGGUGACCGAGCUGAGCAUCGACACGGAGGAGCGGCUGAAGGGAGUCAUCGACCUCAUCUUUGAGAAAGCCAUCUCUGAACCCAACUUCUCAGUCGCUUACGCCAACAUGUGCCGCUGCCUGAUCGGGCUGAAAGUUCCCACGUCAGAUAAACCUGGAGUGACGGUGAAUUUCAGGAAGUUGUUGCUGAAUCGUUGUCAGAAAGAGUUCGAGAAGGACAAAGACGAUGAUGAAACAUUCGAGAAGAAACAGAAAGAGCUGGACGAUGCCACAGUGGAGGAGGAGAGGCAAAGGUUGAAGGAGGAGCUCAAAGACGCCAAAGACCAAGCCCGGCGACGGUCGCUAGGCAACAUCAAGUUCAUUGGCGAGUUGUUUAAACUGAAGAUGUUAACGGAGACCAUCAUGCACGACUGUAUCGUUAAACUGCUGAAGAAUCACGAUGAGGAGAGUUUAGAGUGUCUCUGCCGACUGCUGUCAACCAUCGGGAAAGAUCUGGACUUCGAGAAGGCAAAGCCGAGAAUGGAUCAAUAUUUUAACCAGAUGGAGAAAAUUAUUAAGGAGAAGAAAACCUCUUCCAGAACUCGUUUCAUGUUGCAGGACGUUCUUGAUUUACGACGGAAUAACUGGGUCCCGCGCAGAGGAGAUCUGGGGCCGAAGACGAUCGAGCAGAUCCACAAGGAGGCGGAGCUUGAAGAGCACAGAGAACAGGCCAAGGUUCAGCAGCAGCUGCUGUCUAAGAAGGAUGGCCGAGGUGGAGGAGGAGGAGGGGGAGGUGGUCCGGGGCCCCGCGGUGGACCGCAUGCACCUGGUCCCCGUGGCAACCAGGCCCCUGACGAUGGCUGGAACACGGUGCCCAUUUCCACCAAAAACAGGCCGAUCGAUCCCACACGACUCAGCAAGAUCACCAAGCCGGGCGCUUUGGACUUCAAUAACCAGCUUCUCGCCCCAGGGGGCAAAGGAACAUGGGGCAGUUGGGGCAAAGGGAGUAGCGGAGGCUCGGGGGCCAAACCCAGUGACAGCGGUGAGGGACCUCCGGAUUCUGGUCGCACGAGCACUCUGAAUCGAUUUUCAGCACUUCAGCAAGCUUCCUCAUCUUCCUCAUCCUCUUCUGCCAACAUCGACUCUGACAGAAGGGUUCCUAACAGGAAUAGCUCCAGUCGGGAACGUAGUGAUCGUUUCGAUCGUCGUGAUGAGCGCAUGGACAGGGGUGGCGACCGAUACGAUCGCCGUGACGACCGUGGAUCAGACCGGCUGGACCGGAAUCGUCCCGCUGUCAGCAAGAGAAGUUUCAGUCGUGAGAAGGAAAGGAGCCGGGAGCAAGACCAGCGUCCUGCUGAAACAGUCCGCCGCGUGUCCAGCAUGAUGGACGAGCGCGAGAGAGAAAGAGAACGCGCUAGCCGCGAGAAUGUGAAGAGAGAGACAGUACCGACUCCUCCACCUGUUUCUUCUAAACCUGCCCUGACAGAAGAAGAACUGGAGAAGAAAUCAACUGCCAUCAUAGAGGAGUACUUACACAUCAAUGACAUGAAGGAGGCCCUGCAGUGCAUCAGUGAGCUGAACUGCCCGUCUCUGCUGUCUGUGUUUGUGCGGACGGGAAUCGAGUCGACACUGGAGCGCAGCCCCGUCACCAGAGAACACAUGGGUUUACUGUUUCACCAGCUCGUCAAAGCACAAACACUGUCAACACAACAAUACUUCAAAGGGCUGUUGGAGGUGCUAGAGGUGGCAGAGGACAUGGCUAUAGAUAUUCCUCACUUCUGGCUGUAUCUGUCACAACUGAUCUGCCCCGUGCUGCAUGAGGGGGGCAUUCCCAUGGGCUCACUGUUCAGGGAGGUGUCUAAACCACUGCUGCUUCUGGGUAAAGCUGGAGUUUUACUGGCGCAGAUCCUCAACCUGCUCUGCAAAGUAAUGAGUCAAAAGAAGGUGGGGCAAAUGUGGAGAGAGGCGGGGCUUAGCUGGAAAGACAUCCUGCCAGAAGACGAGGACGUCAAUAAGUUUGUCACUGAAAAGGGAGUAGAAUUUACUCUGGGAGACGAGUGUGUGAAGACGAGCAGUAAAUCAUCUCUGAGUUCAGAAGAGAUCUCGAGAGAGCUGGAGCGACUUAUACAAGAGAAAGUUGAAAACCAGCGGAUCUUUGACUGGGUCGAGGCUAACCUGGAUGAGCAGCAAAUGACAUCCAACACAUUCAUCCGAGCACUGAUGACUGCAGUCUGUCAGUCUGCCAUCAUCUGUGAGAACCCAUAUAAAUUAGACACUAAAGAAAUUACCCAGAGGGCCAAGCUGCUGCAACGCUACCUUAAAGACGAGCAGAAAGAACUGCAGGCGCUGUACGCUCUCCAGAGUCUCAUGGUUCAAUUGGAGCAACCGCCGAAUUUGCUGCGGAUGUUUUUUGACGUGUUGUAUGACGAGGACGUGAUAAAAGAGGACGGCUUUUAUAAGUGGGAGUCCAGCAAAGACGCCGCGGAACAGCUGGGCAAGGGCGUCGCCCUCAAAUCGGUCACCGCCUUCUUUACCUGGCUGCGUGAAGCUGAGGACGAAUCAGACAACAGCUAGAUCUCUGGCCACGCCCACAGCCGAGAAUAUCUGACAUGGAGUACAAGAAAAAGGAUUUGGGAGGGAUAAAAAGCCUUGUGUUUGGACAUGUUUGUUUGUUUGCUUUUGUUUAGUCUUUGUUUGCGCGAGGAAAUGCCGUUGAACUGAACCUAAAUUCAUUCUGACGAGUUUUAGAGGAGAACAAGCCUUACCUGCUCACCACAGUCAUGGAGUUUUCGCCGUUAGCAUCGCCGCUUGCUACUUCGUUCUCCUGUUGCCGUGGAGACGGACGAUAACGACGUCAUGGAAUCUUUGGUUUAUGAUGUCACUCCCUGGUGACGGAAUGCUGCUCAAGAGUUCUAUUUUUUUUGUUCGGAGCCCCCUUUAUAUUCAUCACCGCUGUUCGAGUUUAGCGUGGACCAGGUGAUCGCGUGCCGUUUCGUUUUGGAUUGUUACUUUUUUUUUUUUUUCAAUGUGGGGUUUUUGUUUGUUUAGUGGAGUGAUUUGAGGUCCUUGCUUUUUCUACUUUUUUAUGACUGAAAAAAAAAAAAUGCAAGUUGUGUUCUGGGCGGUGCGUGCGCGGGAACGCGCUGGAGACGUGAACUUUGACGUUUUUGCUGCUGCUCACCGGGGGGGGGGGGUGUUCCGCCGGUCUGACCUGACACACAGUUCCCUUACACAACAAACGUAACGGUAAAAAUACAAAAUGUCAAAAAAUCAAAAGGGCCGGAGACUUUGAAGAGGAGAGAUUGUGGCUCACGCCUUCUGCAUCUGUAGUGGACUUACGAAAUAAAUCAUUAUUAUAGCUUGAGGAUACAUAGAGAGAAAUAAACUCAAAACAAUACCAAGAGCUGGAGAAUGAGAGAGUUUGAUUACUACAUGCCUUCUGGGCUUCCUGGAGUGGAGAUGCAUUUCAGGACGUCCUGUAAAUAAAUAUUUUCUUUUUUUGGGUUUUUUUUUGUUGUUUGUUUUUUUUUCAGUAAUAGAAAUGCUAACUUUAAUGCCAUGUAUUAAUUUUGGGGCUUUUUUUUCUGUAUUUAAAUGUUUUUCUUUUUAUUUGCGAUUUAACCUCCCGGCUUGUACAAUUAUCCUCCUCCUAGUUAUUGAUUAUAGUUUAAUGAAAUUAUAUAUAUCAUUUCUUUUUUUUUUUUUUUUUUUGCUUCAAGUAUUUAAUGAAGAGAAAUUGAUGACUCUUUUCACAAUUGAAACUGGAAAAGAAAAUAAAGAUCAUUGCAAUGAAAAAGUACCAAACAAAAUCGUGUUAAUAUCCUUUUGUAAUAUUGACCUUUUUUUGCUGUUUUGGGCAAUAGUAGCCCACAAAAACAUGCCAUGAUGCACAUUAAAUAUAUAUAUAUCCACCAGAAAUAUUACACCAUCACCAUAUUUGAGGCUUCUAUAACUGGGGACGCACAAACACUGUUCAGAGCUGAAUGCAAAGCAUUUAUGGUAUAUACUGUAUAUACAUACUGGAACUAAAUGAUGUUCAUGACUUUGUGUUCUGUUCAUGUAACGGUUCUUGAACAUGCAUCCUUCUGCUGAUGUGAACUUAAACGGUUAGUGUUUCCUGUACUGGCAUAUUAAAUCAGCAGCACGACCAGUGUAGUCCGAUUCCCCAAUGAAUGACUCUUAUGAGUCGGUUCUUUUGAAUCUGUUUCCAAACAGACUACUCUGAAUCAUUCUUUUGAAUCUCUUGUGCGACCAGUGUAGACUUAUUCCAGAACAAAUGAUUCUUAUGAGUCGGUUCUUUUGAAUCUGUUUCCAAACAGAUGACUCUGAAUCAUUCUUUUGAAUCUCUUGUGCGACCAGUGUAGACUUAUUCCAGAACAAAUUAUUCUUAUGAGUCGGUUCUUUUGAAUCUGCAAAACACAGCACAAUCAGUGUAGUCCGAUUUCCAAACAAACGACUCUGAAUCAUUCUUUUGAAUCUCUUGUUGACCAGUGUUGUCUUAUUGUAGAACAAAUGAUUCUUGUGAGUCGGUUCUUUUGAAUCUGUUUCCAAACAGACGACUCUGAAUCAUUCUUUUGAAUCUCUUGUGCGACCAGUGUAGUCUUAUUCCAGAUCAAAUGAUUCUUAUGAGUCGGUUCUUUUGAAUCUCUUGUUGACCAGUGAAGUCUUAUUCCAGAACAAAUGAUUCUUGUGAGUCGGUUCUUUUGAAUCUGUUUCCAAACAGACGACUCUGAAUCAUUCUUUUGAAUCUCUUGUGCGACCAGUGUAGUCUUAUUCCAGAACAAAUGAUUCUUAUGAGUCGGUUCUUUUGAAUCUGUGCAAAACACAGUAAAAUCAGUGUAGUCCGAUUUCCAAACAAACGACUCUGAAUCAUUCUUUUGAAUCUCUUGUGUGACUAGUGAAGUCUUAUUCCAGAACAAAUGAUUCUUGUGAGUCGGUUCUUUUGAAUCUGUUUCCAAACAGACGACUCUGAAUCAUUCUUUUGACUCUCUUGUGCGACCAGUAAAGUCUUAUUCUAGAACAAAUGACUCUUGUGAGUCGGUUCUUUUGAAUCUGUGAGUCUGUUUCCAAACAGACGACUCUGAAUCAUUCUUUUGAAUCUCUUGUGCGACCAGUAAAGUCUUAUUCCAGAACAAAUGACUCUUGUGAGUCGGUUCUUUUGAAUCUGUGAGUCUGUUUCCAAACAGACGACUCUGAAUCAUUCUUUUGAAUCUCUUGUGUGACCAGUGUAGUCUUAUUCCAGAACAAAUGAUUCUUGUGAGUCAGUUCUUUUGAAUCUGUGAAUCUGUUUCCAAACAGACGACUCUGAAUCAUUCUUUUGAAUCUCUUGUGCGACCAGUGAAGACUUAUUCCAGAACAAAUGAUUCUUGUGAGUCGGUUCUUUUGAAUCUGUUUCCAAACAGACGACUCUGAAUCAUUCUUUUGAAUCUCUUGUUGGCCAGUGAAGUCUUAUUCCAGAUCAAAUGAUUCUUAUGAGUCGGUACUUUUGAAUCUACAGCGCGAAACAUACAGCAUGACCAGUGAUGUCUGAUAACCGAACGAAUGACUCUCAUGAGCCGUUUCUUGACUCUGAAUCAGGAGUUGUUACUGAGUUAUGUGAACUGUAGGCUAAUGAGUCAUUUCUGGAGGGUUUUUGAUACGACAGUGUGUCAUUAAAAAUAGGCCCUUGACAUUAUAUGUCCUUGUAAUUAGUUGUAUUUUAUUCAAAUAAACAAAAAAGAAUCAAAUGUCUUAAUUAGUCUGUGUAAACAUUUUUGCAAGAAUGAUCUCAUUGUUUUAUAACAGGCUGCCAAGAGCUUCAAAUCCAAUAUUAAUUGCAUUUAUUAUUGCUCAAAAGUACUGAAUGAAUCAAUAAAAGAUCCAGAAAUGUUGAGAGGAAUCAGA